AUGCAUAUCAGAAACGUCUUCGAAUUGCUCGUUCUCGGGCUUUCGGCGGCGUCCGUCGUCGAGGCUACCCUCCUCGGGCACUGGGUCAUCAUCCGCGACGACGCCCACUUCCACACCAAGCACAAACACGACUCCCACCAAGUCAUCAUCGACAACUGCCCCGACGUCAACCCCACCAACUUCGACGUCCAAAACCACUCUUCGACGACACCGCCUCCGUCAACUUCACCGCCUCCGUCGACCGAUAAAAGCUCGAGCAGCUCCGAAGUUGUGGAAACGACUACCGAGACCUAUACGACGACCAACUCAGAUGGGUCCAAGUCGACAGUCACCACAAAGUCGCUAACCACGUCGACUGCCGGGCUUGUGAGCAAUGACAGCGGCCAGUCCUCUGGUAUGUCGACCCAGACGCGAAACACUGUCAUUGGUGUUGUGGUUGGUGUUGGUGGUGCCAUCAUACUCGGGGGUCUGGCAUUCGUCGCCUUCAGAAUCUGGGGCCGUAAGAAGACCCCAGAUGCCGACGACGGCUUAAUGGACUACAACAGCACUGCCGACAAGACCACCGAGACUUCCGGCUCGAUGACUGGGCGGACGCCAUUCCAGAGCACUCUCGAGAGCUACCACGCACCUACACAGGUCAACACAGCAUCCAACUUUUGA